CAUUCUGGUUUGGGGCCAGGAAGACAUGCUGCACAUCAGGAGGAGCUAUGGCCAAGGCUGAGCUGCAGCCCAGAGCUCCUCCUACAAAGCUGAUGAGGGGUUAAGUACCUUGGGCUGGGCCUGAACAGAGCCCCAGGGCAUGGAAAUGCCCCUACAGAAGAAGAGCCUGAGAGUCUGGGCUCUGCCAGGGUGUGCAGUGGGGGGAAAAGCCUUUGGUGCAGCUCACAGCUCCCUGCCCACCAGCAGACCUCAGAGGUGCACCCUGUAAGGCAAGUAGAGCCUGGCUGGAAGCCACCCAGGCAGUGUCUUGGUUGCAGGAGGUGAACCGCGUCCAUCCUGCAGCUGCGUCCAGGCUCAGGAUACUUGGCGUCCUCCAGCCUACACGACUCAGAGGAGCCAGGCUGCCUGCAAGGAGGGUGGGAGCAGCCUACUGUGGACUCGAGGUUCCAGUUUGACAUCUACCUUUCAGCUGUGAUUGUCCCAGCCUGCAGGAGGGCAGGAAAUGGCCACGGCACAUCCAGCUGAGGAACCCGUGACCUUCGUGGAGGUGGCAGUGUAUUUCAGCAGGGAGGAGUGGGAGCUGCUGCAUCCUGCACAGCGAGUGCUCUACCGGGACGUGAUGCUGGAGACGUAUGAGUCCAUAACUUCGCUGGGACUCCUUCCAUCCCCCAAACCCGUGGUGAUCUCCCAGCUUGAAGAAGGGGAAGAUCCCUGGAUCCCAGAUCUGCAUGGCGUGGAGGAUGUGACAGGAGACCUCAGCCCAGCAGGUGACAGGAUCACAAAAGCAGCGGAGCCUCUUCAGAAAGGUGGCGUGGCCCAAAGGCAGCUGAAUGCUGUCUCUGUGGGAAAAACCAGAAGGGGCGUGCAAAAGGGCCUGGAGCAUGGAAAGCAUCUCAAGAAGCCACUGAAAACCCAUCGAGGAAAUGGAGCUCGGAAGCCCCUAGAUGGCAGCAAAGGUCAAAAGGAGGCUAAAGAACUGACAAUGAAGCAAGGCUGCCAGAAGAAAUUGGAGAACCAAUGUGACGAGUGUGGAAGAAUCUUUAAAAGUCAUUCCUAUCUUCUUAAGCACCGGCGCAUCCACACAGGAUACAAACCCUACAAGUGCACUGAGUGUGGGAAGAGCUACCUAACAAGUUCCAGUCUUGUUAUACACCAGCGGAUUCACACAGGAGAGAGACCCUACAAGUGCUUGGAGUGUGAGAAGAGCUUCAGAAGGAGCUCUGCACUCGCCUCCCAUAAGUAUUUUCACAAAGGAGAGAGACCCUACAAGUGCCCUGAGUGUGAGAAGACCUUCCAGUCGCAUCAUGGACUCAACUUGCACAAGCGGAUCCACACAGGAGAGAGACCCUACAAGUGUCCUGAGUGUGGGAAGGGCUUCCAGUCGAGAUAUAGACUCAAUGCGCACAAAUGGAUCCACACAGGAGAGAUGCCCUACAAGUGCCCUGAGUGUGAGAAGGGCUUCCAGUCGAGAUAUAGACUCAAAUUGCACAAACGGAUCCACACAGGAGAGAGACCCUACAAGUGUCCUGACUGUGCAAAGGCCUUUGAGAGCAGUUCUGACCUUAGAUCACACAAGUGUGUCCACAAAGGAGUCAAGUUGUAGCAGUGCCCUGUGUGUGGGAUGUGCUUCCGCCAGAGCUCGAACAUGGUCACCUAAUUCUAAAUGCACACAGAAAUAUAUUUCUUACAAAUACCUUGAGCAGAGGAAGAGCCUUGUGGCAAACUUAUCUUCAAAAUAACUUACAAACACCUUGAGCAGAGGAAGAGCCUUAUGGCAAACUCAUCUUCAAACCCACCUGCAGAUCAGACUCCCUCCCCCGAAACCUGAAGCCGAGGUUUAGCCCGAUGCAGACAGCAGGGAGCACUAGGUGUAAGAAUAAGAUGUUUUCCCAGGCUGUGUUCCCUGGGAGAUAUCACUGAGAGCCCAUCAGGGAAUGGUGUAUAUGGCUGAGAGCAGAGAGAGAAACCCUGUCCCUAGUGUGGGCAUCCGACGAUGGCUGUUGGACAGAUCCAGUCCCCUCUUCCCUUCCUUGUUCUGUUUAUCACUGCGUAAAAUAUUCUCUGGGAUUCCUGAUUUUCACGUCACCUUUUUUCCCCUCACCUUUAGGGGACUUGCUGCCCAAUGGUUUGUUAACAGCAGUAAAUACCAAGUCCCAGAAGCUGUGACAGAAAGAUUUAAAUUCCUACCAUGAAACCCAGCAUAAAAACCCCACAAAGAGCAAACUCCCAUCCUUGAUCCUUGAAGCCAUGGUUUAUCCUGGUGCAGACAAAAGAGAGCUCUGGGUGUCAAGAUAUUUGCUGGUACGUUUCUUGGGAGAAAUUUUGCUGUGAGUCCAUCAGGGAAUGAUGCAUUUGCUCCAUCUUCUUUGAGCAGCUUAGCAGAUUCCCCAGUGGCUUCACCCCCUCUGGGAUGCAAAGGGUGUAGGGAUGCUGAUAGAAGAGUCUGGAAAGGAAAAGGGAAACAGGAAAAGCCAGCUGAUGCUCUGUGCUAUCCUCUACGCUUGUAGCCAGGCUCAUGUUUUGGCAGUGGCCAGCUCACUGCUCCUACCACAAGAGCCCAUGGGGACCAGCUGGCCAGCUGCAAGUGAGCCUUUGGGAGAUGUCAUGCAGGAGAGCUAAGAAGUCAGAGCAGUGCUGGGUAAGGAGUCCAGAGUUUUGGUGAUGCUCAUCCCAAAGCAAGGCAGGCAACACUUCCAAUCUCCACCUGAGUAAGCAACAUCCUGCCAAGGUUCACAAAUGACACAUCAAGGCACAGAAGAAAGUCACAAUUCCCACACCUCUGCAUAAGGAAAUGCUCCCAGUUUCACUUUGGCUCACUUGGACAAGGCAGACCCCAUUUUGGCUUGUGACCGGCAUGCCUUGGAGUUUUCCCAUCCUUUGGCUGGAGCAUAUCACCCUUCCUGGCCUUAGGUUGUGGUGGGUGUUCUGGGACAAAUAUAUCCUGUUCUUGCUUUGUCCCCGGUGUGGGAAUUACCCAUAUUGCUCCCCUUUUCAACUGGAGAUGGGGUGCCAAGUGACCACACAAAGGAAAGUGCAGAGCUGGCUGUAGCGAAGCUACUGGAAGCAUUUGGGAUGUUGGUAGGUGGAUCAGAAGCACAUUUCUCCCAGGGAUGUGUAUGAGGAAAAUCACCCGGGAAAGUGACUCUUCACUCAGAGAGCCCAGGAAAGUCACCUCUGGAUAAACCCAUCUGCUGUGGGUGAAUGCAUGAAGAUCCAAAAGAAACCUCGGCUGCACAGAAAGGAAGAAAGCAUGUCUGCAGGGAUUACGGGAAAAACUUCAGCUGGAGCUCAUUGCCUAGAAGAUAACAGCAACCCCCCAUAGGGGAGAGCGCCUUGAUUUCAGGAAGAGGUACAUCCAGAGCUAGGAGAUCCUCACCCAUGACAGACUGCAUGCUGGGGAGAAGGGCUACAAAUGCCCCAAGUGCAGGAAGAGCUUCAGCCACAGCAUGAACUCAUUAAAUAUCAGCGAAUCCAUGUGGGAGAAAGACCCUACAAGUGUCUUGCCUGCAGGAAGAGAUUUUUUCAGACCUUGCACACUGGGAGAGACCUUGAGAAUGGAGGAGUCCCCAGAGGCUUCUCAUGACAAAGGGAGAGCUUCCAAAGGAGAAGGCAUCCAUGGCACCACCCAGAUAAGGGUCUUACACCAAUGGGCUUUGGAUGCUCUUUCCUUGCUGACAAAAGAAAAUCUCUCACCAUGCUUAGUUUUCUCUUUCCACUCUUGCAGCAACCAGCUUUUAAAACCCAUUUCCUGAGGAAACUGCAAAAACAUUGUGUGUGUGCGUGCAUGAGUUCCUCUCUCAGAAAUUUCUGAGAAGGCCUGUGGAAGAGACUACCCUCUGAUAAAACUGACCAUUUCAUCCCUUGUCUGGGAAAUGCCUUUUCUCGGGGGUGUGAAAGGGGAAAAGGAAGGGGAAGAAUAAAAUACCUGAUUUGUCCCAGAGCUUAUGUUUUCACUGGGGCCUGCUUUCUUAAAAUGAAAAACGGAAGGACAGGAAAGGUGCAAGGGGGCUUUGUUUCUGGUGUCAGUUCCAGCCCAGUGCUUGCUUCUGGGGGGAGACAUGUUCGGCACACAACCCCACCACCCUUCCUAAAUGUGCUGCUACAAGUGUUUAGGAAACCUAUGUGCCUAUGAAGACAACAAGCGGAGGGAGUUGGUGAUGUUCAGCCUGGAGAAGAGAAGGCUCCAGGGAGACCUUGUUGCAGCCCUCCAGUACCAAAAGUGGGCCUACAAGAAAGCAGGAGAGAGACACUUUAUUAGGGAGUGUAUUGGUAAGACAAGGAGGAACGACUUUAAACUCAAAGAGGUUAGGUUCAGAUUAGAUAUUGGGAUAUUAGAUAUUAGAUAUUGGGCUCAGUGGGGGGAAAAGCCUUUGGUGCAGCUCACAGCUCCCUGCCCACCAGCAGACCUCAGAGGGGCACCCUGUAAGGCAAGUGAGAGCCUGGCUGGAAGCCACCCAGGCAGUGUCUUGGUUGCAGGAGGUGCACUGCUGCCUGAAGACAUUAAGAAGACGUUAGUGUGUUAUCCACUAUAACAUAUAUAUUUUUGAUAGAAUGAUAUAAUAUCAAUUUCCUCGUAACAUAUAAUCUAAUUCUCUCAUCCUGUUUAAAACCAUUAAAACCACAGUUUUAAACCA